AUGAUUGACAAGGCUGCAGCCAACUUGGCUACAAAGGGGCCAGAACUUGAAAACCAUAUUCGUGAAACGAACAAAGACGGUCGAUUCAAUUUCUUAAACCCUAAUGAUCCUUACUAUGCAUACUAUCGAUUUAAAUAUCAAGAAGUAAAAGAAGGAAGAGCACCACAACCUGGUACUCAAUUGCAAGAGAGACCUAUGGAAGUACAACCACAACAACCUGUUCAUUUAGCACCUAAAGAACCUGAACCAUUUGAAUUCUCAGCACUUAUGCCAGCCAUGUCUGCACAAGAUUUAGAUAUAAUGAAACUAACAGCUCAAUUUGCUGCGCGUAAUGGUCGUGCCUUUAUCAACCAACUCGCUCAACGUGAAUCGAGAAACUAUCAAUUUGAUUUUUUGCGUCCUUCUCACAGCUUAUUUCCUUACUUUACUGAACUUGUUAAACAGUACACCAAAGUCUUUUUACCGCCCAAGGACUUGCCAGAAAAACUAAAUGCCAACAAGGACGAUAAACAACACAUUUUAGAACGUGUCAAAGAGCGUGUUGAAUGGAUUGCAUAUCAAGAAGCUGAAAAGAAAAAGAAGAGUGAUGAAGAUGAAAGAGAAAGAAUUGCUUAUGCCAGUAUUGAUUGGCAUGAUUUUGUUAUUGUCGAGACGGUCGAAUUCACAGAUUUAGAUGAACAAGCUGAAUUACCACCACCUAUGAGUUUAGCUGAAUUAGAAAGCAUGUCUUUGGCUCAAAAGCGGUUGGCUGCGAUGCCAGCUGAAAUCAUUCCUUCUAAAGCGGAAGAAGUCGAAGAUGUGGACAUGGAUCAAUCCGACGAUGAAAGUGCUCAGCCUGUUGCUCCUUCAGUACCUAAGCCCAAGAUUCCCGAUACUUCAGCACCUAUCAAGAUCCGUACAGAUUAUAAGCCUAAAUUGUUGGGUACAGCACCUAUCAAGGCAGCUGUUCCUACUGAAGUCUGUCCUCGUUGUGGUCAUGCUAUCCCUGUAGCCGAAAUGGCAGAACACAUGCGUAUUGAACUACUCGAUCCUAAAUGGAAAGAACAAAAGAUGGCCAUGGAAGCUAAACAGAGAGAAAGUAACUUGUUACAAGAAGGUAAUGAUGUGGCCAAGAUCCUUAAGAAUAUCUCUGGUUUGCGUCCCGAUAUCUUUGGCUCUGAUGAAGCAGAUGCCAAUAAGCGUAUUCGUGAACAAGCAGAAGAAGCCAAAAAGAAGGAUCGUAUCAUCUGGGAUGGUCAUACUGCUACUAUGGGUUUAGCUAACCAAAGAGCACAAAAGACAAGCAUUGAAGAACAAAUUGCUAAUAUGCAUAAGAAAGUGGUUGGAGACGACAUUGGUCCUCAAAUCCCAGGACAGCAACCUUUUGUACAAUACCCACCUCCUACAGCCUAUUCAGCACCUCAAUAUUAUACACCUAGUCAACAGCAAACAUUUGCAAACCAAGUGCCUGGUAUGUACAAUACACCUCCACCUGCUUCUGCUGUUGCACCACCACCUCCUCCUCCAUCAUCCACAUCCGCUGUACGAAAAGCAGAAGAAGCAGAGACAGGGCCUGAAAAGAAACCUCGUCUAGAAGAGCCUGAAUGGCCAAUUCCUCAUGAUCCUACAUUCCCUAUUCUGAUCCAAACACCCAAUAUCCCUGAUAAACCUGAAUGGAAUUUGACAGGUGCUAAUGUGACCAUCAGUGGUUUAUUACCAAAUACUUUGAUUUCGACUGUAAAAGAUCGUAUUGCUUCACAAUUAGGUAUGCCAGCUGGUAAACAAAAACUCAUGAUAGGACCUUCAAACACAGUAUUGAAUAACAGCAAGACCUUAAGUUUUUAUGGUAUUGGUCCAGGCAUGGCAUUAUUACUUGAAGUUAGAAAGAGAUAA